AUGGCGGCCCGCCCGCCCUGCCCGGCGCUGCACCUGUGCCUGGCCGCGCUGCUGAGCCUGCGGGCGGCCAGCGCCCUACCCCUGGCCCCCGGCCCGCGGGACGAGGUGCAAGCGGCGGCUUUGCAGCGGCUGCGGGAGGUGUUCGACAUCGAGGAGCUGCCGCCCGACGUGCUGCCCCGCAAGAAGCCGCCGCAGUUCAUGGUGGAUCUCUUCAACAAGGUGGCCGACGCCGACGGCAUCACCCGCGCCCCGGGGCUGCUGCAGGGAGACGUGGUGCGGAGCUUCGAGGACAGAGUUCACGUGGACCAGCAUCGCUUCUAUUUCGACAUCAGCGCGAUGGAGAAGGGCGAGCAGAUGCUGAAAGCAGAGUUCAGGGUCUUCAAGCUCAAGAUGGCACGUGUGUCCAGAAGGUCCGGCGUGAAACACUUCUGCAAAGUGGAAGUGUACGAGCUCUUGGAGAGUGGAAGUAAGCCACAGAAAAAACAUCUCAUUGCAUCAAGAUUAUUGUCCCUGUACACAGAAGGCUGGGAAGUCUUCAGUGUCACGCAGACAGUUUCCAAGUGGGUUGGAAACAGCAGCUCCAACCAUGGCUUUUUGUUAACAACGACACAUGUAUUCAACAAUAGAAUUGAACACAACCUGAUUAAGUUUGCCAAGAGCCAGGACACUUUGCAGGAGAGUAGAAAUGCUCUCCUUGUUCUCUUCACUAACAGUAACAAACGGAGGUCUCCCAGCUUUGUACUGUCCUCCACAAAAUCAGAAAUAAACCCUGACAAAACUGAUGCUUCACAUGUGCCUCAUGAAACUGAUGUCAUCAAAAGCAGCAGUGCAAGCACGGGCAGGAGACCUCGAGCUGCCCCAGUCCCUUCUGCCAAAAGCCAGCUGGCUGAGAGGAACCGCCAGAGAAACAUGGUCCCAAGCAAUUUACUGGAUAUUUUUUCCACUGUGGUCCCAGCUUCGCAGGAAAGCGUCUACUGCACGGAGAGACCCAGAAGCAGCCCUGCCAGCAUCCUUCCGGAGCAGGGACUAGAGCCGGUCCGCCCCAGCGGGCGGUGCGGGCCGGGGGUGCGGGAGGAGCGGCGGGCGCUCUCCGCGGUGCUGAAGCGCCGCCGCCGCCCCUGGGCUCCGGCCGCCCGAGAGCAGCGCCCAGGACUCCCCUGCGCUAACUUUUAA